UGCUCACUGUUGCUGUCGUUUCCAUUCAACCAAGCUGCAAAACCGAUUUUCGACCAGAAGAACCAACUUCGUUUUCACGGCACUCACAAAACGCCUGCUGUCUGCUCCAUUGGCUUUCCGUAUUCUUGGGGCUGAAAAAACUGUCUAUGCUCUUACUCACAGCCACAAACACGCAUGCAGACACCUGCAGCAUGCAUAGCUUGUUGCGUAUAUAAUUUUACAUCAAAUCUACAAACACCACUCACACCCUGUACAUAGUCAUUCGCAUUCACGUCUAUAUGGACACUCGAGACACACACAGACGGGUGGCAUCCGUAAUCACACAGCAUAUGCAUGUUAUACGGUCAUCAUACACACAGAUACAAUAGACACAAACGCACAUAACCACCCACCGACACGCAAACAAAAUUACUCUCUCUCUCUCGCACACACACACACGCAUACAUGUUGACGUCACCUACCCACGUAGAAGCAGUGAUGCCGUUUACAUAGUCACAUGUACACGUACACACAUACGCACUCACAUACGUGUACAUACAAAUCUACAUUAACAUAGUCCAACAUAAACCCAUAUUGGCAUGCACGUAUAUACACAUACGAAAAAUCCCAUACACAUAUGCAUACACACAAUAGCACAUUGAUGCCAACUACAUAAUCACACAUGAAUCACAGAUAUAUACACACAUACACAAAUCUGGAUUAACGCUAGCCACAUAGUUAUACACACACAUCUACAUACAUAAACUCAUGUGCACACACCUAUAUACACGUUGAUGUCACAUAGUUAUACAUGUACAACCACAACUUCCUUAGCCCUCUCAUAUUAUAUACACCAAUAAACAUAGUCUCGCAGACCAGGCUGAUGGAGAUCCACAAGGACUUGCCAUCCUGGAAGUUUUUUGCUUCUUUGCGGUCAACCUGACAACCCAGUAAGUCAAAGUGGUUUUGAAAUCCAUUUGAUGACAAACAACACGACUGCUCUCUUCCCCGAAGCAAUACCUUCAAACAUUUCUAGUGUCCCUCUUACUAUGUUCGUUAGCACAGUGGCAGCAGCAGCAAAGACAACCACCACAACCUCCACCACAACAGCAGCAGCAGCAGCAGCAACAACAACGACUACAACAGCAGCAUCAGCAACAACAACAAUAGCAGCAGCAGUAGCAGUAGCUGCAGCAGCAUCCGUACCAGCUGUGCUACCAAACUUCAAUGCAACAACAACCAGUGUUACCCCAGAAAGAAUGAGCACCCCCGAUUCCCUUAUAAGCAACACCACUGACAACGUCACUCGGUUACAGCCAUUAAUCUUUCUCCAGACAACUGCUGCUCAAGGAAUCGCAGGCACGUUUGCCUUUGCAUCUAUUUUAAUUACUGUUUAUCAGAUAUAUCUCCACUUACGUUACUAUUCUUGUCCCAAUGAACAACUAUGGAUUGUACGUAUCCUCUUCAUUGUUCCUAUCUACUCCUUUGACUCCUUCCUCAGUCUUAUGUUCUUCAAUAAUGACAGCUAUUAUGUCUACGUAGACAGUAUAAAGUAUUGUUAUGAAGCUUUUGUCAUUUACAAUUUCCUGAGCCUCUGUUAUGAGUACCUUGGUGGUGAGAGCUCUAUUAUGUCUGAAAUCCGAGGAAAACCAAUCCAGUCAAGCUGGAUGUGGUGUACCUGCUGCCUGGCUGGUCGACAGUACACUAUAGGUUUUCUGCGCUUUUGUAAGCAAGCUACUUUACAGUUUUGUAUCAUCAAACCUGUUAUGGCUGUUAUUACUUUGAUUCUACAGUCUUUUGGACUCUACAAGGACGGUAACUUUUCACCAGCUAGUGGUUACUUGUAUAUUACAAUCAUUUAUAAUAUUUCAAUAACAUUGGCACUUUACGGCUUGUUCCUGUUUUACUUUGCUACCAAAGAACUAUUGAGUCCAUUUGAACCUGUCUUGAAAUUCUUUACUGUUAAAUCAGUAAUCUUUCUGUCUUUCUGGCAAGGAGUGGUUCUUGCUGUUUUUGAAAAGGCUGAUUUGAUCAGUCCGAUCUUCUCUGAAGACGGUAUCCUUAAAGCGGGCGUCGGCACAGUGUCAGCUGGCUGGCAGAACUUUCUCAUCUGCAUUGAGAUGGUAUUCGCCGCCAUUGCACUGCGCUUUGCAUUCCCACACAUGAUCUACAGUUCUGGCCCCUCAUCAACUCAUGGUCGCACGGUGUCGCUACAGAGCAUUUCGAGCAGCCUGAAGGAGACGAUGAAUCCACGCGACAUUAUGCAGGAUGCAAUACACAACUUCCACCCACAGUAUCAGCAGUAUACUCAACAAGGGAUGAAGAUCCCACACGAAGAAGAGGGCACUGAGCCCAGCUGGCCCUAUGAUCAGCAGUAUCCAUAUCAACAGCAGACUCCUUAUCCGAAUGGGGCCAUCCCAACUUCCAGGCCGCUGCCACCGACCGGAGCCACUCCAAACAAGAUGAAAUUCAAUGAAAAAACUACACUUUUGAGCUCAGACGAUGAAUUUCAGUGAUGACAAGGCAACUGACUUGACGACAACUUUACAUUUCAAACCAAUAAUGACGAGAACCAAACUGUCAAGACCAAACAGUUUGUUUUUUACUGGGGUUGUACGUUAGAGUUUGUUUUUUCUCUUCAGUAACUUUGGAAUCAGUGAAGUUCCAAACGUGAGUGAUACAGAUGUGGAAAUAAAGAAAAUGUUUAACAAAAAUUUAGAAAAAUUACAAAAAAUUGAUGAGGUCCAUUACAAAGAGCGAAUUUUGAAAGAAAACAAAUGCCUAAAUAUUAGGACGCCUGCUCUUACUCCCUAUUUUUAAGCUGCUGUUGCUGGUACAGUCAAAUACAGAUGUCUUCUUUUCUUUUUUCCUCUUCUUAUAAGUUCACUUUCUUUCUCCAGUAUUCUGAUCUCAUAACGACCCACAAUCCUCAGUUGCUUUAACAAACUAAACAUAUCACAACUACACAUUAUUUUAUGCAGUUCGCUUCUACAUUUUAUUUUCUCUCUUUCACAAGUUUUCUAACUAUAAUCUGUCCUUCUGUUAAUCUAUCCAUAUUUCAUCUCUACUUUCCUGUACCUAUCUAGCUAGUUCUAUAGCUAAUUAACCCUCUGUAUAUUUGACUAAGUUGGUAGCUAACUAUCUAUCUUUUUAGCUUCUCAGCUAGAUAGGAAACUACUUACCUAUCUAUUUACCUUUCUAUCUGCAUUUAUCUAUAUCAAACUAUCCACCUACUAACCUAUAGAGUUGAUUACCCAUAUAUCUGAAUAGCUAAUUUACUUAUCAUAUUAAUCUUGCUAGCUACCUAGCAUGCUGAUUU